UCAUUCAUCUGUACACAUCUGUAUUCAUCAGAUAGUAACUUGGACACCAAUUAUUUAUUUUCGAUCGAAUUUGUUUUGCUGUGAUGGAUAACAUCAAGUCAGGUGACAAAAUCCUAGUGCUGCACGUGGAUUCAGCAGAUCUAACCGAUCUCCAAGCUGAAUUAAAUUCUAAAUCUGCAAAUACAACAACAUCGCUCAUUGGAAAUAUCGAAGGCAUCAAUGAAGCAUCUUUCGAUGGUGUAAUUGCUUACAAAGUACCAGAGAUCAAUGACUUCCAAAAGGUCCUCUCUAGCCUUAAACCAGGUGGCUUUUUAAUUCUUACCCAGUCUAGCAGUGAUUCAUCCCAAACUGAAUUAAACUUACAAAUUGGAGGAUUCGUUCGGGUUGCAGCAAGCAAUGCUGGAGAAUAUAAGCAAUUUGUUUGUUUCAAACCAACAUACACUGCAGGAUCAUCAGCUGAAGUUGAGUUACUAAAAGAGGUUUUGGUAUGGAAACUGUCACAAAAUGUAGAUGAAGAUAUCAUAGAUGCUGAUAAUCUACUUGAUGAAGAAGAUUUAAAGAAACCAGCUGCAGAAUCACUCAGAGUUUGUGGAACAACUGGAAAACGCAAGGCUUGUAAAGAUUGCAGCUGUGGUUUGGCUCAAGAAUUAGAAGCUGAGACUACAUCAGCAGCACCACCACCAAAGUCAUCAUGUGGCAGUUGCUAUUUGGGUGAUGCCUUCAGGUGUGCAAGCUGUCCAUAUUUGGGUAUGCCUGCUUUCAAGCCAGGUGAAAAAGUCAAGUUGAUCCUUAAUGAGUGAUGAUAACCAAUUAAUGAAGUUUUUAAAAAAAAUAACUAAAAUUUUAUUAUUUUAUAUUUAAAUGCAUUUGAAAAA